AUGUUCGUAUUAUUGUUAGUUUCACUUCUUCUUAUCGGCAGUAGUCAUACGCUACAAUGUGUAACUAAUUGUACAAUUGAUGAGCUUAAUUUUUAUCAACCACUUCAAUUUAAUGACAAACUAUGCGAACAACGUAUCUCAGCAUCCAGGUGCUCUGUCGAUUUGGAUUUCAAUUAUUAUACACAUAAGUAUUCUGCUAUAUUUGAACAUAAUACUGCAUCACGAGAUUUUAUUUACAUCAAUUCACGAUCUUAUUUAUCUUAUAAUGUUCGUUAUCCAUGUUCAAAAGAUGCCAACUGUGCUCUCUUUUACGCACAAAAUAGAGUGAAUGAAAUGAGAGAUCGUGCUUACAAUGUCACUCGUAUAUAUGAUCAACUUGAACCACUUAUUGUGAAUUCAUCAAAAUCUGAUUCUAUUCAGUGUUACAAUAUCAAAAAUGCAAUUGUUCAAUGUGCACCUACAGAAAUUUGUAAUUUGGAUUAUGAUCAAAGAGCAAAUAAAAUGAGAACACGUGGUUGUAAAUAUUUCAGCCUACCUACAGUUAUGGUCUACAAUAGUGAGACUUAUUCAUCUUUUGACAUUGCUUGUAAUCGUAGUUUAUGCAAUGAUGAUGUUACACUAUCGAAAAUUAAAACAAUUUUUGCUGAUAAUCGUUUAACUGAUGCCAAUGGACGAAUAAUUGCUGUGGGAACAAAAACGAUUGCUUCUGCUGUUUUACUAAUAUUUAUUUUAAUAUCUAAAGUUGUCUUUUAUUUUUAA